AUGGACGGCAGUGAAGUCGCCUUGGCUCCAAAACAGGGGACUCAGGAGCGGGGCGCCAAGUCAGGAGAGGAGCCUUCCUCUCCCGCCGGCUUCAUGCCUUCCCCCUUGAAGAGGAAGAUCGACACAGAGGGGCACAUGCCUGAGAAGAGACAAAAACUGGGCCAGAGCUCUUCCCAGGUGGCCUCCCCAGGCCUGCAGGAGUCUGUGCAGCCGGCACCAGACGCCUUUGCCUUGGAAUUGAGCCGGAUCCUGGACAGAGUGGGUGGAGUGUCCCUUGUGCGCAACGUGCCCGGGCUGGAGAGGCUCAUGGACUCGGAGCAGAGACUGAACUACCGGUGGACGCUGCUGACUGUGAUCGAGCUGUCAUCGGAGGAGUGCCUUAAGGCCCUUGUGCAGGGCCCUGGUCUGAAGACCUUGGAGAGAUGGCUUAUUGAGGCGCGCGAUGCGGGCAAGUCUGAGUUUCUGGCAAAGAUAAUUUCCCGCCUGGAGGACCUCCCUGUGGACAUCGACUCGCUGAAGAGGUGCACAAUAGGCAAGACAGUGGGCAGCCUGCGUAAGCAUUCGCUGCCCAGUGUGAAGUCCCUGGCGGCCAGGGUUGUGCAGAAAUGGAAGAGCUCACUUGGGGACCGGUCGGGGCAAGCCAAGCAGGACAGGGACGGUGGCAAAAAGGAAGCUCCAAACAAAAGGAAGCCUGUGACAGAGAUGGGCAGGCCAACCAGCAUCCCUGUGCAGCCACAGACUCACAUUGUCAAGGACGAAAGCAGCAGCACUGAUGUGCAGCCAGCAGAUUCUGGGGACCCUCAAUCUGGCGCAAUGGACUCGGAACACACAGUGAAGCAACCGAGGCCCCUGGACGAUGGUGACCGCAAGGCCUCAGAGGCCUCAGGGAGCUCAGAAGCAGAUGCUUCCUUGCAGAACCAUGUGUCAGGGGCAAGCAUCGAACUGGAGUCCAGUCCAAGCAGCAGGAUCGAAGCCGAUGGCAAGGGUAACGAUGGGAGCCAGGAGCCAUCUGCUUGUUCUCAGGAUGCCAAGUUGGAGGGACAGGCUGAUGUGAUGCCGCUGCAGGGGUCGCAGGCAGAGGUGCAGAAGGCUGCACCGCUUGAGAGAAAAGAGUCAGGAACGGGUGCAGCAGCCCCUGCAAAGAGCCGUCCUUCACAGCCCACCUGGCAGGAUGUGUCGCGUGUCGUGAACUACGGCCGUAUCCUUGUGGCUGAAUCUGUGCAGCGAGCCCAGGCCAGGAGCGCAGCAACAGAGACUGAUAAUGGCCAACAAGGCCAAACCGACAAUGCAUCCGCAGACAAGGACUCAGACGGCGAAAGCUGCAGGCCUGGCAGCCCUGGCCAUGAAGCCUUAGCCGAUGCUGACAAUCUGCCAAAGGGAUCGCAACUGGGCACAGAACCGCCCAAGCAGCAGGGAUCAGGUGCCGCUGCGAAAGUUAGAGACGCAUCGGUUGAGGUGGGCUCAUCGGGCAGCGAUAAGCCAGCAGUGUCAGGCGCUGUCGAUCCAGAUGUCAGCCAGCUCAAAAUGCAGCCUUCUGGUAGUGGGGAAGGGAACUUGGCAACUGGCAAUGCUGGCAGCAUGGUUCCCAAUGCCCAAGGCUCUACACCUGUUGCCUCUUCCACUCGUACUCCCACCUCCACUGCCCCUCGAGUACCCCGGCCAUGGCCAACCGCAGAACCCAAAAAGGAGGCCAAGGAGACCAAUCAGGCACUAUGGAAUGCCACCGAUGCAUCCAGCCGCUCAUCACCUUUUCAAGAUGCGAUGACGUCACUGACUCGGAUGCGUGGUCCACCUUUGGCAAAGGGCGCCCGAGCCAAGUGGUCUGAGAGUAACAGGGCCGAGAGGGAGGGUGUUGGGGCAGGACCUGGUCCAGGUCGCCUGGGGGGCCUCAAUUCGGACUUCUUGCCCCAAAGGGGCAGGACAGUUCUGUACGGGGCAGCUGCAAGGGCGGCGAGUGCGGCAGCAAGGUGCCCAUCUCCAGAGCGUCGACCCAAAAAACCCAACGCCAAAAAGGUGUCCUUUGCACCAAACAACGAAAUGCUGACUGUCAGGUGGUUCAAGAAGGACGAUCCACCAACCAGUGUGAAGCAGGAUGCCUUGCUCAAGCCAGAGGAGCUGCAGGAGGAGCAGGUGACAAGCCACGAACUGUUCGAGUCUGCCGCACGGCUGGAGCACAAGAAGGAACACGAGGCGCUGGAGAGGCAACGGCAAGAGCAGGCAGCCAAGAGGAAGGAGAUACAGGGCCGACUGAAUGGUAUGAGACCAGCAACCUCAUGGCAUGCACCACUUGUGGUCACCCUACCCUCUGAAUUGAAGUUGAGGUUCGGGGAAGACAGCGAAGAGCGCAUCAACCAGUGGCACCGCGAUGACAUGCUGGUGCCCGAGAACUACAGCCGGGCUGCCAUGAUCCCAGAUUCGCCAGCAGAGGCCCCCCGCCCAGAGCCUCAGGGCGAUCCACCGGUUGUUAUCCCCUUCGAAGUCCCCGGGAAGCAGAACAGUGAGCCACCUUCAAACAGCAGCCAGCCGGACUCUGGGGCCCAGGUCGCCAGCGCCGCCCCCACCUUAGUCAUCCCGCAGGUUCCGGUCCCAGCGCCCAUCGUGGGCACCCCUGGCACUGCGAUACCACUGCCUGCCGGCUUGCAUCCCGCCGUGGGUCAGUUCCAGCCAGGCCAGUUUAGGCAACUGGGGCAGGGCUUUCAGGCAAGGCCUGGGCAACAGACGAUCGUGGUGCUUCAGCAGGGCAUGCCAAAUGGUGGUCCGAAUCUGAACAUUGUGCCAUCGGUGCCCAUGGGAGGGGGCAUGGGUCCACUGUUCAUCGCGGGGCCUGCUGGGGGGCCACAGGGGCUGGUGCAGAUUGCCCCAGGACAGCAGUGGGGAGUCGCUCCGCAGCAUAACGUGAUGCCACAGUUCACUCUCGUGUGCAACAUGCCUGGGCAAGGCGGCUUCGCCCCACAAACCAUCCUGAACCCCCAGCCGAUGGUCAACAUCGCAGGGGCGCCCACAGCGCCCAUGAAUGGCGACAUUGGCAGCGGGGUGACAAGGGCAAGCCAGCCAAUGGAACGAGAGGGCUGGGCUGGACAGAAGGGCAAUGGCAUCCAGGCACACAGAUUCCAAGGCUGA